ACGACUCUCAAAUGUUACCCUCACUUUGGUUUUCGUCGCUCUUGGCAGCGCCUUAGGCAAUCGUCGGCGGAGUCCAACUUUGGCACGUAUAAAGAUCCUUCCUUGAGUGUCUUUUCCCUUUCAGGAGAUCCAACUAAUUUUCGGUGCAUGGCUUCCCCGCCAUUCCCCUUCCCCGCCCGAUUCCAAAAACCCUAAUCUCCCUCUUUCCCUCGCUCUCUCUCUGUCUCUUGGAGCUUCCCAUUUGCUCGAAUUGUGAUUUUCCAGAGCUCCUUAGAACCCUUCCUGUUUCCUCGGUUACGGAUGGAGGAGUCCACGAUAGAUACGAUAGAUGAACCCCAGGCCCCGGCUAAGCGGAAGGCCGCCGCCGACUCUCAGGCAAUCUCCGAAUCCUCCGACGGAACCCUAACCCAGGCCUCAGAGCUCCUCGAUCAGCCUGAACCCAAACGCCGGGCGGUCGCUCGCACCUGCGUCCAUGAAGUCGCCGUCCCUUCUGGUUAUGAAUCCGGCAAGGACGAGUCGGCUCACGGCACCCUCUCGAACCCUGUUUACAACGGCAAACUGGCAAAGACCUAUCCUUUCACUCUCGAUCCCUUCCAGCAGACCUCCAUUGCCUGCCUCGAGCGCCGUGAGUCAGUACUUGUUUCUGCUCACACCUCUGCUGGGAAGACGGCCGUUGCGGAGUAUGCGAUCGCUAUGGCAUUUCGGGACGGGCAGCGUGUUAUCUACACGUCUCCACUGAAGGCUCUGAGCAACCAGAAGUUCCGGGAGCUCAACCAGGAGUUCUCCGACGUGGGGCUCAUGACCGGUGACGUGACGCUCUCUCCCAACGCGAGUUGUCUGGUGAUGACGACAGAGAUACUCCGGGGCAUGCUGUAUCGGGGGUCGGAGGUGCUGAAGGAGGUCGCAUGGGUGGUCUUCGAUGAGAUUCACUACAUGAAGGAUAGGGAGAGGGGGGUUGUCUGGGAGGAGAGCAUUAUCUUUCUACCGCCAGCUAUCAAGAUGGUUUUCUUAUCAGCGACAAUGUCAAAUGCCACUGAGUUCGCUGAGUGGAUAUGUAAGCUCCGGAACCAGCCCUGCCAUGUGGUUUACACGGAUUUUAGGCCUACACCUCUCCAGCACUAUGUUUUCCCGAAUGGCGGUUCGGGGCUGUAUCUCGUCGUAGACGAGAAAGAGCAGUUUCGGGAAGACAAUUUUCUGAAGCUCCAGGACACAUUUGCAAAGCAGAAGGUUCAGUGUAAUCCGGAGAGGAAUGGACAUGGCAAAGCUGCAGGUAGGAUUGCGAAGGGAGGGACAGCCUCAGGGGGCUCAGACAUAUAUAAGAUCGUUAAGAUGAUUAUGGAGCACAAAUUUCAACCAGUGAUAAUUUUUAGUUUCAGCAGAAGAGAAUGUGAACAACAUGCUAUGUCCAUGGCUAAGCUUGAUUUCAAUACCAAAGAAGAAAAAGAUGAUGUUGAACAUGUUUUCAACAAUGCAAUACUUUGCUUGAGUGAAGAAGAUAGAGAUUUGCCUGCAAUUAAGUUAAUGCUGCCACUUCUCCAACGUGGCAUUGCUGUCCAUCAUUCUGGCCUUCUCCCAGUCAUUAAAGAGUUAGUUGAGCUUCUUUUCCAAGAAGGCCUGGUGAAGGCCCUUUUUGCUACUGAAACUUUUGCUAUGGGCUUAAAUAUGCCAGCAAAGACAGUUGUUUUCACAUCUGUCAAGAAAUGGGAUGGUGACAGUAAUCGUUGCAUCUCUUCUGGUGAAUAUAUACAGAUGAGCGGUAGAGCUGGACGUCGGGGCAAAGAUGAACGUGGCAUUUGCAUUAUAAUUAUAGAUGAACAGAUGGAAAUGAACACUCUCAAGGACAUGGUUCUUGGAAAGCCUGCACCUCUUGUGAGUACUUUUAGGCUGAGUUAUUACACGAUUCUCAACCUAAUGAGUCGUACUGAGGGGCAAUUCACUGCUGAGCAUGUAAUAAAGAAUUCUUUUCAUCAGUUUCAGUACGAAAAGGCCUUGCCAGAUGUUGGACAAAGGGUUGCUAAGCUGGAAUCUGAAGCUGCGGCACUUGAUGCAUCCAGUGAGGUUGAACUUGCUGAAUAUCAUAAGUUAAGGCUUGAUGUUGCGCAACUUGAGAAGAGAAUGAUGUCAGAAAUAACACGACCUGAGAGGGUUUUAUGUUUUCUUGUCCCCGGUAGGCUGGUUAAGGUUCGAGAUGGUGUAACAGAGUGGGGAUGGGGCGUGGUUGUCAAUGUGGUGAAGAAGCCCACUUCUGCAUCAAGCUCAUUGCCUUCUUCAUUGGCUGCUGCUAGGACUGGCUCAUAUAUAGUGGACACCUUGCUGCACUGUUCUUCUGGCCUAACAAAUGGCUCUCGCCCUAAGCCAUGUCCACCUCGUUCUGGAGAAAAGGGUGAAAUGCACGUGGUACCUGUUCAGUUAUCUCUUGUGUGUGCGCUUAGCUCUAUCAGGUUGUCUAUUCCAUCUGAUCUACGACCUAUUGAAGCAAGGCAAAGUGUUCUUUUGGCAGUACAAGAGUUGGGUAAACGUUUCCCCAAUGGGCUCCCAAAACUUGACCCCAUCAAGGAUAUGGGCAUUGAAGAUCCAGAGUUUGUCAACUUGGUAACUAAAAGUGAGGAACUGGAGAAGCAGUUGUUCGCUCACCCUUUGCAUAAGUCACUUCACAAUGAGGAGCAGUUCAAAUCCUUUCAAAGAAAGGCAGAAAUUUUUCAUGAGAUCCAGCAACUCAAAUCAAAGAUGCGGGAAUCACAGCUUCAAAAAUUUAGAGAUGAGUUGAAGAAUCGUUCUCGGGUGCUAAGAAGGCUUGGUCAUAUUGAUGCUGAUGGUGUUGUCCAAUUGAAGGGUCGAGCUGCGUGCUUAAUAGACACUGGUGAUGAACUCUUAGUAACUGAAUUGAUGUUCAAUGGUACAUUCAGUGAUCUUGACCAUCAUCAAGUUGUGGCUCUUGCGAGUUGUUUCAUUCCAGUGGAAAAAUCAAAUGAGCAAAUACAUUUGCGGAAUGAACUUUCAAAACCAUUGCAGCAACUUCAAGAGAGUGCAAGAAGAAUUGCAGAGAUUCAACGUGAGUGCAAACUGGAGAUCAAUGUGGAUGAAUAUGUUGAAUCCACUACAACUCCAUACCUGAUGGAUGUUAUCUAUUGCUGGUCCAAGGGUGCUAGUUUUGCUGAGGUUAUUGAAAUGACUGAUAUUUUUGAAGGAAGUAUCAUACGUGCUGCAAGAAGGCUUGAUGAAUUUUUGAAUCAGUUGCGUGCGGCUGCUCAAGCAGUGGGAGAGACCGACUUGGACAAGAAGUUUGCAGCUGGCAGUGAAAGCCUUCGUCGUGGUAUAAUAUUUGCAAAUUCGUUAUAUCUAUGAGGUGUGCAAUUUGCAAGGUGACGCAUGGUUUCUCUGUAAAGUAUAGUUGUGGUUAAGAGCAGGUUAGUCUUUAGAUCCUUUUGCAAUUCUUUUCAUAUAGUCUGUUGCAUUGCCAGGCUCUGUACCAUAUUUUUCUUUUCAUAAUAUGAGAAAAGAUGGAACUUUCUACUAAAGAUGUGAUCGAUUAUUAUCAUUUCUGA